UCUCUCUAUUUUACUUUCCUCAACCUUUCCAUAAUACUUUUCUAUUUCUAGAAACCUUCUAGAAUCUAAUUUUCUAGUUGCACUUUAUAUUAGGAUUUGACUUGCCCCUAUAUAUAUAUAGAUAUAUAUUAAUAUACCACUCAAUCAUUUCCUCAUUCUGCAAAUUAAUCGAGACUAUUCACAAGAUUCAAACCUAAUUCACCCAUCUUCUUUUAACUUGUUACUUGCAAUAUUAAUGGCUGACUUAAAAACCUCCUCUAACAAUGUUUCAGCUGACUCUACAGUUUUUGCAGAUCAGGAAUCUAGCCAAGAUUCAAAUGUUGAAUUUUCGGAAAACGAGGAAAUGCUUAUUACUAUGAUUUAUAAUCUCAUUGGGGAGAGGUGGUCAUUGAUAGCUGGAAGAAUUCCUGGAAGAACAGCGGAAGAAAUAGAAAAGUAUUGGAAUUCAAGAUACUCAACAAGUGAAUGAGGGGCCCUAUGAGAGUUAAGCAAGAAAUUUAAACUUUAUGAGGGUAUGAUGAAUGAAAUGAAAGUGGAUCUUCAUAUUACUUAAAAGAUUGUGUAGUGUAAUGUCACUUUAUAUUCUAGUGCUACUUGCUGUUUCAUUUUUUGCA